CUAUCAAGUAAUAUUCCGAUUUACAAUUGGAGAACCGACAGCCAGUUGGCCCGCCCCAUUUUAGCACGUUAAGUUGGAUUUUCGCUGCUGCUACCCUACCUCUCUGAACAAUCUUUCAAGUCGGACCGAUUUGUGGAGCGAAUUUCGACCCCAGUAGCUUGUGUCGUUACCGUGGGGAAUAACAUCGUCGAUCCCUUGCUACACCCAUUCUUUAACCAAGCAGUCCUUGACUGUCACACACGGUCAUCCCCGGAUUUCUGAUCUCUCAGUCCCCUAAAACAUAUAAACUAUGGAUAGAGCGGAUCUUAUUAUCAAGGCCAAGCUGGCGGAGCAGGCUGAGCGCUACGACGACAUGGCAGAAUGCAUGAAGGCGGUUACAGAGAAGGGAGGCGAGCUGUCAAACGAGGAGAGGAACCUGCUGUCCGUCGCCUAUAAGAACGUGGUCGGGGCGAGGCGGUCCUCAUGGAGGGUGAUAUCCAGCAUCGCCCUGAAGACCGAGGGGUGCGAGAAGAAGCAGCAGAUGGUCAAGGAAUAUCGGGAGAAGGUGGAGGGGGAACUGCAAGAGGUCUGCAGCAACGUUUUGAAACUGCUGGAUAAUCAUUUAAUUGGAAACUCCUCAAAUGCUGAGAGCAAAGUCUUCUAUCUAAAGAUGAAGGGGGACUACUAUAGAUACCUUGCUGAAGUUGCCUCUGGAGAUGACAAAUCAAAGACCAUCGAAAACUCACAGCAUGCGUACCAGGGAGCAUUUGACAUCAGCAAGACUGAGAUGGAUCCCACACAUCCCAUCCGCCUGGGCUUGGCGCUUAAUUUCUCUGUGUUCUUCUAUGAGAUCCUCAACUCUCCAGAAAAAGCCUGCGAAUUGGCCAAAACGGCAUUUGAUGAUGCCAUCGCAGAGCUUGACAAGUUAAACGAGGAGUCCUACAAAGACAGCACUCUUAUCAUGCAGCUCCUCAGAGACAACCUGACAUUAUGGACAUCGGACAGCGCUGGUGAUGAGGUUGAGGAAAAAGAGGAUGAUAAUAAAGACGGCGGCGAAAACGAGAACUAAAACACAAGCCUUCAGUGUUGGGGUCAUCUUUGAAAAUGACAAAAAGGAAAAAAAAAACUUUUUACACAUUCUUCAUUCCUUAUUGCUCCACUCAAACAUUCUACCAAUAAAACCCAGUGCUGAAAAGAUUUGUGUAAGGAAAUUAAUGGGGGGGACAUUCUUUUCACAAUGCAGAUUUGGAUAACACCUGGUGAAAAGAGAAACCCUCCAUUCCUUUGGUUUGUGUUUGUCCUGCCUUUCCAUUUGUGCCAUUUCAGCUGUAGAAAAGUAUCGAUAGCUUUUCAAUGGUAUCAGAUUUGUAGCUCAGUUUAGACGCAGUAAAAAUUGUCCCGUCAUUGAACAACUGGAAGCCUAAAUCCCAUUGACGGAACGAGUUUGGAUUUUUCCCACUAAGAAAUGUUAGGUAUAAAAAGUUCCCCCCCAGUACUUUUUAGUGUCUUUCUAGUUAGUGGUACGGUUACAGUGGCUGAAGCCCAACUUCUAACAAUAUGAUUUUCAUAUUGCAGGGAAAGCCAGUGCACUUGCAACAGCUAGUGCCCAUUGGUUAAACUCACUUUCUGCCCUGGCUAUGAUGCCACUCUUUCACCGAGGCAUGUCUGUCUUUUGGGGGGUGGGACUGUGUGGCUUGUUUGUCUGAUCAAAUGCAGGGACCUUUAUAAUGGGAAGAAAACAACUCUGUCAUGCAUGUCUCGAGAUAUUACACUGGAAUGGGAACAAUUGCUGUUAACACACGUUCAAGUAUAAAGUUUAGUAAUUUUCAAUGAACUUGUACACAUCCUACAUGAGGGUGAUGUAUUAGUCUGUCCAGUGAUUGUCAUUAGAGAUUUGGACCACUAUUGUUUAGCUUUUCAUUCAGUCGUAGUCCCCAAAAGCCUUGUGGAACUGUUUGAAUCCCUAUGUAUCAGCUCUGACAUGAAUAAAACAUUUUAUAACCCAU